AUGUUUGUCCUAUUUUCCCUUGAUUCAUUUCGCCCAGGGGAGUUCACGCUGAACGGAAUAGACCUGAAUAAGGUCCACACGGUCUUGGAGGAUACACCAAAAACAUCCACUAGUACACUAAAUUCACAAGGUUACGUACCUCCUUUGCAGAAAUAUCCCUUCUCAAAUAUUCAGUUGGCCAAGUCCAGUUCAGAGGCGGGCAAUUUAAAUGAGAGUAGGGCUAUACGGCAGGUACACUCUAUGGCACGAAUGGAUAUUCACCUCCAUGUAUCUACCUCCAUGUAUCAAUUCAGCCAUGAAAUGGUCAAAAGGCAAUGGGGGUUCCCGCCGAGAAAAGAUAGGGCGACUGAUGGCCUGAUAACAACGUUAAACAGCCCAGAUCAGAAAUCGGCCAUGAUGGACAGUGCUAAUAGAAGCUUUGACGUAAUCACUAUUGCAAAAGCACUAGGAUCUAAGAUGCCCUUUGAUCCAUGUUCGCAAUGUCAGCUCAGCGCCGCAACGAACUUUUGGGGGGAGCCCACCGUAUUCUGCAAGUCCCGUACAUUCGCACAACAAAUCACCCGCCAAAGUUACAAAGCCCUCAUCGACGUAGAAGAUCUCAUGGGUUAUUUUUUUGAAGGUGUGAUAGGAUCGAACUCUCAAGGGCUCACCAAGCGUCAGCAAUUCUCGGAGAGUGUGCUCAUUCAACGGUGCGGCACCUUGCGAUUUCUUAUUCAAGCGAUCUAUUGGCGAUUAAUUGAACCCUAUCGUAAAGCACAACAAUGCCCAGAGGGGCUAAUCUUGAUUCGGUCGGUUUCUUCCAGUCUCCUCGAUAAUAAAAUACCAUAUCCAAAUGACUCGUAUAUAUUCGCUAAGAUGACGGUCGCGACCGGUUCCGAACAAGGAAGAGAGAGAGAGAGAGAGAGUAGUGCACUGGGCCGUGGGCUGCUUCAGGUCGGAGAUACCGAAACCGGGCAGUAUCGCGUGAUCUAG